AUGCCUAGUUGGGGCAGAAAAGAAAGCUAUGAUGGAUCGACCAGAGAGCAGAAACAGAUCCUCGCUGACAUCCAGUCGGGGUCUCAGAAAUUCACCCGGAGGCUUACCCAAAGAACCUCCAGCCACAAGAGAGAGAAGAGCGGAGAUACUCUCAUCCCUGUCACUGUACUAGGUGAAGGAGCUCAGCACGAAGAGAGAAGAGGACGGAAAUCUUCCAAUUCGACCCGCCCAGGACUUCCCAAACGUACCAGCAGUAUGAAGAGAGCUUACAACUACUUCUUUGGUGGGGCCCAGCCUGUGCCCGCCCCGGCUUCCCCAACAACGCCGUUGACUACAACCGAUAUCACAGCACCAAGUGAGGAUCAGCAGACGCCACGUGAAAAUGGCGUCGACACCCCGCCUAGGACACCCCGCGAGGCACCGCUAAGUGAAGACGAAGCUGGACAUGUUCCUGUUCACCACCCAUCUUCACAUCACGUUGGACUGCGCUACGCGCCUGCCUCCGCAAUACUAACCCGCCGCCUCCCAGCUAGCGAGCCCCCCUCACCGCAAGCCAACGACUCGAUCGAAGUGCAAAUCGAAAAGCUCAAAACCAAGCUUGCCCACGCCGAAGCCGAUCUCGACGAAGCCCAGAAGGUGGCACAGUCGCAGGACGAGCACGUCAAGGUGCUUGAGGAGGACCACAAAGAGCGUGAGCGGGGCUUCGAGGAGCGAGAGGCAACGCUGCAGCAGGAUAAAAAGGAUCUCGAGGAGCACAUGGUAAGCGUCGUCGUACAGCAAGUGCGCGAAGCUAAAACCAAGGAGAGGAGUAUCGUCCUCGACGAGUGCGAGACCGAGUUCAACGCCAAGAUGGCCCAAGUCACCCAAGAGCACGAGGCUCGCGUCACCGAGCUGCAGCAGGAGAUUGAGGCCCUCAAGGCCGAGAUUGAGACACUGAAGAGCACCGUCGCCAAGCUCGAGGCUGACAAGGGCGAGGCGAUACCCAAGGCGGACCUCGAGGCCAAGGACGGCGACCUCAAAGUCCUGUCGGAAGAGAAGGCCGCCGCCGAGGAGUCACUUGCUAAGGCGAAGGCGGAGCUGGAUGAGCUUACCACCGCGAAGAGCACCGCCGAGGCUUCGCUGUCCAAGGCGAAUGCUGAGCUCGAGGAGUUGAAGAGCCAGAAUACUGCCUUGGUGCCCCAGACCGACGUCGAGGCCAAGGAAGAGGCUAUUGCUGCUCUCACUUCGGAGAGGGACAGCUCAAAGGAGAAGGUGCAGGAGCUCAUGGCCGAGGUCACUUCGCUCAAGUCGCAGCUUGAAGAGUUGGAGGAGGCCAAGGGCGCCCACAUCAAAGAGCUGCAAGCGAAGCACGAUGAAGCCACCACGCAGCUCACCGCCAAGACUGAUGAACACGGCAAGCUAUCCGAGGAGGUUGAAGGCCUUCGUAGCACUCUCGAAGCGUCAGCUGCGGCGGAGACAUCCGCUCAUGGUGAAGCUACGACCAAGACCCAAGAGCUGGAAACCGCUCUCAAGGACGCACAGGAAAAACUCGACUCUCUCGCCGAGUCGAGCAAGACCGAGGUCGAUGGUUUGAAGUCACAAAUCAGCGAUCUGGAGGAGAAGCUCCAGGCUGCUGACGUGUCGAAGGGUGACGCUGAAGGCCUGCACACUACUAUCAGCGAGCUCAAGGCCUCGCUCAAGGAGGCGCAAGACGAAUUGGCUGCAAAGACAUCCGAGCUCGAGGCUUCGUUGUCUUCCCUUGCUUCCGAGAAGGAGGCUGCCACCAAGGCGGCAGAAGAGGCAAAAGCCAACGUCGACACUCUGACUGCCAAAAUCACUGAUCUUGAAGCCUCCCUAAAGGAGUCUGAGGAGAAGCUCUCAGCAAAGGACGCAGAGAUUGAGAGCGCCAAGAGCGCUGCUGACCAGGCUACUACCUCCGCGAAAGAGGAUGCUGAAGGUCUGCGCACCACCAUUAGCAAGCUUGAGGCUGACCUACAAGCUGCAAAGGACGACGCUAAGGCUGCAAAGGCCGAUGCCAACACCGCAUCCACAUCUGCCCAAGAAGAGGCCGAAGGACUUCGCAGUACCAUUAGCAAGCUGGAGUCUGAGUUGGAGGCCGCCAAGGGCGAUGUCAAUUCCGCCUCGGAGUCUUCGAACACAAAGAUUACUGGUCUCGAGACUUCAUUGAAGGAGGCACAGGACAGCCUGGCUGCAAAGGACGCUGAGCUUGAGGCUGCCAAGGGCGAUGCAAGCAAGGCCACCGAAUCCUCAAACACGAAGAUCACCGAGCUUGAGACAGCGCUCAAGGAGGCAAAGGACAGCCUAGCAGAGAAAGAGUCUGAGCUAGAGGCCGCCAAGAGCGAGACUGGUAAGGCUACUGAAACCUCCACUGCCAAGGUCACCGAGUUGGAGCAGUCUCUGGCUACCACCAAGUCGGAGCUCGAGGCCGCGCAGAAGAAGGUCGCCGAUGCCGAGGAGGAGGCCACCAAGUCUACUGAGUCGGCCAAGGAAGAGGUGGAAGGCCUUCAGAAGCAAAUCGCUGAGGUGGAGGCCUCCCUCAAGGAGUCUACACAAAAGCUAGAGGCAAAGGAGGCGGAGCUUGCUGAGGCAGCCAAAGCCACUGAUGUAGCUCAGGGCAGCGCGGACGAGCUGAAGGCGAAGAUUGAGGAGCUGGAGGCAUCUCUCAAGGAGUCAUCACAGAAGCUUGAGGCGAAGGACACGGAGCUUGCAGAAGUCACAAAGGCAGGCGAUGCGGCAAAAGGCAGCGCCGACGAAUCGAGCGCCAAGAUUGCGGAACUCGAGGCAUCGCUCAAGGCAUCUGACGAGAAGCUCGCCGAAGCUCUCCAAGCUACCGAGUCAUCGAAGGGUGAGAGCGGCGAACUGACGACCAAAAUCGAGACGCUGGAGAAGGAGUUGGCUGACGCUAAGGCGGAAGCUGGUAAGGUGGCGGAAGUUGAGGCAUCGCUCAAGGAGGCUGAGAGCAAGCUGGCAGCUCAGGAGGCUGAACACUCCGAGAAUCUUCAGGCUGCUAAAUCAUCCGGUACGGAAGCUACCGAGAAGACGACUCUGUCAACCGUCCAAGCUGAGUUGGCUGAGGUCAAGACUGCACACGAUACUCUUGACAGUGAGCUCAAGGCAUCCAAGCAGGCGGAAACCGAAGCCAAGGAACAACUUGAAAGUGCCGCAAGUGCCUCGACAGAACACUCAACCAAGGCCGAAUCUCUCGAGACUGAGCUUGCGGAGCUGAAAGCAACUGCUGAUAAGGCGUCUGCCGACAAGGCCGAGCUAGAGGAGAAGAUCAACGCCCAUGACGCCAAGGUCGCUGAACUGGAAGCCAGUGUCGAGACUGCCACAAAGGAGAAGGCUGCCAAGGACACCGAGCUCACGGAACUCCAAGCCAAGCUCGAAGAGUCGGCCAAGCUGUCCGACAGCCUGAAGGCCCUCGAGGCUUCCAAAUCCGAAGUGGACGCCAAACUAGAGACCAGCCAGAAAUCCCUCGAAGACGCCCAAGCUGCCGUCAAGGCCCAGGAAGAGAAGCAAUCGGCUCUUGAAGAAGAGCUUACCUCCGCCAAGAAGGCAGGCGAGGAGAGCAAGACGGAGCUUGAUAACUUGAAAACAGAGCUUGAGAAGGCCAAGAGCGAUCAAGAGGGGCUUAAGAAGCUGAAUAAGAGUGUCAUGGAGAAGUUGAAGGAGAAGGAUGCCAAGGUCAAGGAGUUGACCAAGGCGGCCAAGGCGGCUGAGGCUUAG